CUUGCCAGGAAAGCACUUACUCCACUGAGCCAUCUCCCCGGCCCCUGAAAAUCACUUUUCUGGUGCUUCAGAAAAGACUUGUCCUCCUGUAUCAUCCUGUUGGGGUCUCCAGUGUCUGCUGCAUUUUUAUCAAGAAAGAAAUCAUAGUUUGAAGUUGCUUCUGCUGCUCAAGUAGAUCAGAUGCGAUGAUCCAGUAGGGAGACUGCGCACGGGGCAGCAUCGAGCCUGGCUGCUGGAGGAUGAACGGGGAGGAGGAAUUCUUUGAUGCCGUCACAGGCUUUGAUUCUGAUAACUCUUCUGGGGAAUUUUCAGAGGCGAAUCAGAAGAUUACAGGAAUGAUUGACUUAGACACCAACAAAAGUACAAGGAGUGGGAAAAGUGGGGAGAGGCCCUCUCAAGAGAAUGGAAUUCAGAAGCACAGGACGGCACUGCCUGCCCCCAUGUUCACCAGAAGCGACUUCAGCGUGUGGAGCAUACUGAAGAAGUGCAUCGGCCUGGAGCUGUCCAAAAUCACAAUGCCGAUCGCCUUCAAUGAGCCCCUAAGCUUCCUGCAGCGGAUCACGGAGUACAUGGAGCACGUGUACCUCAUCCAUAGAGCCUCCCGCCAGACUCAGCCCCUGGAGAGGAUGCAGUCAGUGGCUGCGUUCGCCGUCUCUGCUGUGGCUUCCCAGUGGGAGAGGACUGGCAAACCAUUCAACCCGCUCUUGGGAGAGACCUAUGAGCUGAUCAGGGAAGACUUAGGGUUCAGGUUUAUAUCUGAGCAGGUCAGCCAUCACCCUCCCAUCAGUGCGUUUUAUUCAGAGGGUCUCAAGCAGGACUUCGCGUUCCAUGGCUCCAUCUACCCGAAGCUCAAGUUCUGGGGCAAGAGCGUGGAGGCGGAGCCCCGGGGCACCAUCACUUUGGAGCUUCUCGGACACAAUGAAGCCUACACCUGGACCAACCCUACCUGCUGUGUGCACAAUGUCAUUAUUGGGAAGCUGUGGAUAGAGCAGUAUGGAGUGGUGGAGAUUCUAAACCACAGAACCGGUGAUAAGUGUGUACUUAACUUCAAGCCAUGCGGCCUGUUUGGGAAAGAGCUCCACAGAGUAGAAGGGCACAUUCAAGAUAAAAACAAAAAGAAGCUCUUCAUAAUCUAUGGCAAGUGGACGGAAUGCUUGUGGGGCAUCGAGCCUGCUUCGUAUGAGUCCUUCAGGAAGCAGGAGAAGAGAGGCGACCAGCUGAGGAAAGCCCAGCUGGAUGGUGGCCCAGAAAGACCAGAUAGCGAUGUGGCGGACGACAUGCCCGUGGCACAGGAGACUGUGCAGGUCAUUCCUGGGAGCAAGCUGCUCUGGAGGAUCAACAGCCGGCCCCCCAACUCUGCCCAGAUGUACAAUUUUACCAGCUUUACUGUGAGCCUCAAUGAACUAGAGUCAGGCAUGGAGAAGACCCUGCCCCCCACAGACUGCCGCCUGCGCCCGGACAUCCGCGGCAUGGAGAACGGCAACAUGGAUCUGGCCAGCCAGGAAAAGGAGCGGCUCGAGGAGAAGCAGAGAGAAGCCCGCAGGGAGCGCGCCAAGGAGGAGACCGAGUGGCGGACCAGGUGGUUUUACCCAGGCGACAACCCCUACACUGGGGCUUCUGACUGGUUAUACGCAGGGGAUUACUUUGAGCGGAAUUUUUCCGACUGCCCCGAUAUCUACUGAGGGCUGGAGGCCAGCCUGGCGGCCUG